UCAAUUUUCAGAGUCUUUUCAAAAGACUCUUUCGAAUUCUUUCCUCAGUUUGGUCGCCUCAGGCUUUGUUUUGCUUUUAAAUUCUGUUUUUUUUUAUCCGGGAGUGACUGGUCGGCAGUUCGGCAGAGGUACAGCAACUUCCGAUUUAAUUUGAUUCGGAUUUCACUCAUUUCAGUCCGUAGGCGUGUGUUGCACGGCAUAAUCUCCGUCCCUCGUCAUGACUGCCACCACACGAUGGGACCAUCGCUUUCUCGACUCCUCACAUACCUCCCGAAAGACUGCCGUCAGUCUCGUCUGCGCACGCUCCUGCUGAUCUUAUCCCUCUUCUCCAUCACCACCCUCCUCUUCCUCUACACCCGAUGGACCACCCAGCCCAUCCUCCUCCCCUCUCUCCCGCCCCACACCAAGCUCAUCCUCUUCUGGACCCCCUACUUCAACGACCCCCCUCCCCACCUCCACGACGACCUCUCGCACUGCCCCCACCCCGCCUGCCACCUCACCACCGACCGCCGCACCCUGCCCAACGCCUCCGCCGUCGUCUUCCACAUCUUCGACCUGUACGCCGCCCAGUACGACCUGCCUCCGGGCCCCCGCCCCCCGGGGCAACGCUACGUCUACUUCUCCCUGGAGGCCCCCACCUACCCCAAGAGUGUCGACCUCCACCAGUCCCCCUGGGACGGCUUCUUCAAUCUGACGUGGUCGUACCGUCUGGACUCGGAUGUCGUGUCUGAUUUGUACGCGCGGGAGAUGGAGGUGCGGGUGGGGAUGGCGUGGCGGCAUCGCGGGAUGCUGCGGGGCCUGCUGCGCGGGAAGAAGAACCGGGCGGUGGUGUUUGCGUCCAAUUGUAAUAGUGAGAGUGGACGGGAGGCGUAUAUUGAGGAGUUGCGGAAAGUGUAUCCCGUGGAUGUGUUCGGGAAGUGUGGGGAUGGCGAAGAAGAGUGCCCCGGAGGGGAUCGGGUGGGGUGUAUGCUGAGGGUGAUCGGGCAGUACAAGUUCUAUCUGGCUUUUGAGAACAGCAUUUGCCUGGACUACAUAACGGAGAAAUCCUACCGCGCUCUCAGCGCCGGCAGCGUCCCGGUGGUCCUGGGCCGCGGGCAGUACGAUCUGCAGUUGCCCAACAACUCCUUCAUCCGCACGUCGGACUUCAACAGCCCGGCAGAAUUAGGCCAAUAUCUCCAGAAACUCAGCGCCGACAUCGAGCUGUACGAAACGUACUUCCUGUGGCGCUUCCAACCGGUCACGGCGUGGUUGCCGGAGCGAAUGGACCCGCGGAAUGUCUCCGUGUGCCGGCUGUGCGAGAUCCUGCACACCCCCGGGUAUCACAGCGCCAGUGCGGCGCGCAUCGGCGAUUGGUGGCUACAGGACAGCGGGUGUAUGCGGACGUAUCCCUGGUGGGAUGGGCUGAAUACCGCCUGGGGGAAGUUGGGGCGCGCGGUGCGGGGGGUGGUUUGAACUACGGGAUAGCUGUGAUUUCGGUGCAUUUCGAGAGGUCUGGUGAACGUAUCGGUGGAAAUUGCCGGUCGUUAUUAGUGAAUUGUUUUCCUCUGGAGACUCAGGUGAGAUCAAAAUUGAGUAUAAAAUAUUUUUUUUGUACUUUCUUUGGAGUCGGAAAUGCGUGAUAGCAGAUUCGGAGAGUUGGUCAUUUGACGUUCGCCUGGUCGAGUGAGUCUCGAUGCUUGUUCGCAGAUUUUCUGGAAACUGAGCCUAGAGUAAAUUGUUGAUUUUCGUUGUCAGAAAAAAAAUUAUGCAGAAACCGGCUUGUACAUAAGCACAGAUAUCUUAUGUGAAUUCAGUAAAAAAAGAAUUUAUUAAA